AGCGUAAUGACGUCACGUUGCCCUGGAAACAGCCGAGCGUCGUCGGCUUGCUGCUAACGGCUAACUGAGCUAGCCGGCUGUAAAAACGUUUUCGCAGCUCUGGCGCGUUUUUUAAGUCCACUUUGAAACUCUGCGGAGUCAGUGUGCAGUCCGGUGAGCCGGUUAACGUCACUUCGAUCUCUUUAAUUGCCGCUAAUGAACCGAUAAUUGGCGUCAGAUAAAGCGGUAAACCCACACCAGCCGUGGACGGUGCUAACAGGUGUUACGCGUAAAUCUGUGACCCGGCAGAUUGUGUGACCCGCCAAACGCUGUCCGGUGAGGACUACGGGCCCACGUUAAGACCACAUCCGGUCACAGAAUCUGACGGGUUGCAGAGUUCGCUGUAACACCUGUUUCAAACGGAGGUUCCUCGGUGUUUGUAGGGCUGUUUCCCCGGUAACCGGAGCCGUUUAAGGCCGUCACAGAGAGGAUGGAGCCGGAGGAGGAGGAGGCGGAGGAGGCGGUGAUGGAGCUGAAGAGACAGCUGGAGGAUGAAGACCUGAACCUGGAGCAGAAAGUCAGCCUGUUGAACCACGGCUUAAACAAGGUUCUGAAGCUGGCGGCGGUGCAGACGGACAGCAGGACGUUGACUCGUGUGAAGUCUCAGCUGUAUGUGAGCGGCGUGCUGAGUCACUGCGUCCUCCUUCUCACUCGCCAUCCCAGAAUGCUGCGGGGCAACUGGAGCGCUGCCGCCACGCUCGCACAGCUCACCAGCUCCUGUUGUGUGGGGGUGGAGCCUGGUAAACGCUCGGAGGCCUUUCAUAGGCUGUUCCUGCCGUCAGUCAUGGACGGUCUGCUGUCAUUGGCCAGUCAGCUGAUGAGGCGGGCAGAGUGUGCGUCUCUCUUCAGGAAAGUGAUGGAUUCGGUCGGCUGGCUGCUCAGAGCUCACACUCGGCUCACCGCACAGGUUCUCAGCUCUGUUCACUAUGAGCAGAUCCAGAUGUGUGAUGACGUGGCUGUGUCUCUGCUCUGCAUCCAGCUGUGGAUCCAGACCUGCACCGCCAGCAGGGACUUCCUGUCUGCGCUGAGCGACGACUCCGUCCUGUUGCUGCUUAACGAGGCCGUCGGCCAAUUAGCUGUCAGCUCUGACUCUGCGGUGGGCGGGGCCUCCGUCAGACUGAUCCUCCUCAUGGCCAGUCAGCAGGAGCUCCGGGUCCACCUCCUUCUCCGCAGCUUCAGAGGUCUGGACAGCCUAUUGGACAAAGACUGGAGGGGGCGGGGCUUUGAGCAGGAAGUGGAUCAGCUGAUCGCAUUCAUCCGAUCUGACAAAAGCACAAGGAGCCAGUCCCAGGCGUCCACUGAGCAUGUGCGGGCAGCGUGCGUGAUCCAGGCAGCGUGGAGGUCGUAUCAGACCAGACGGCGAGUGAAGAGCCUGAACAGAGCCGUGAGCACGCUGCAGAGGAGAUACAGGUCUGUACCUGUCUGUACCUGUUUGACUUGCAGGAGCUACAACAGCUUUGAGCUCCACCAGGAUGCAGCAACUUUGGGAGAUGAGGAAGACUACACAAAUGUCAACAAUCAAAUAGAUCAGGCCUUUGUGAGGCUGCUCCGCUCCAUGUGGAACGAAGAGGAUGAAGACAAACGAGGUGUACGGAUACAGAUGAAGGAGAGACAAAGGAAAGGUUUGAAGAAGAUCAUCGAGCUGAUGGACCUCACGGCAGUGCUGAAAGAGAGAUUGACCUCCGACAGUCAACCAGGAGUUUCUGCCCACAGUGGCCCAACCAGAGGGCAGUGCACCCAGUCCACCUUCUUCUUCCUCUCACAGACGUUUUUCAAAGUUGGCGAAGGCACAGUGACACCUCAUCAAAGUCCAGAGUUCAAGAUGAGGGGACUAAACGGUGAAACACAGUACCUGUGGGACACAGACCCCUCGGCCAGGAGCUCAGUCUUAGACAACCUGGUGUCAGAGCUGAUGAAGCAGGCGACUCUCACCCAUUGA